UACCAUUCUUGCGGGAUAUAACUUUCUUCACGAUGGCAAUUACACUUACACUUGUUAUUAUUUGGGAUGGAAAGAUCUAUCUAUGGGAAAGCAUAAUAUUGGUUUUAUUCUACAUGAUAUAUGUAAGUGUAAUAGUUAUUGGUAACUGGUGGAUGAAAAAGCUAAAAAGACAAAGAUGGCAAGAACAAAAAGCUAGAGAUGAAUAUAACCAGAAUUUGGUAAUCGAUACCAGUAACCUGGAAGUGCCCAUUGAAGACGAUUAUGAUAGUCAAGACGCGUACGGUUACGAUUCAUAUGAUGAAACAGAUCGUUUAUUGCCGGAUGCCGAACGUAAUCCUAAUUAUCACACGCACCCGACGCCUCGUUCUCAAGAUGAGGCACAAGAAUAUUCGUUUACAUCCGUUAGCGAGGCUGUUGAUCAAGCCAUUCAUUUCCAUAACCCUCAACAAAGAUCCCCAAGGUCACCACUCCCUCGUGGUACGAGACCUUCAUUUUUUGGAGCAAUUGAGUUUCGAGAUGUAGUUAAUUCGCUCAAAUUGAAUGGAAGAAGUUAUCCAUCCGAUUAUUAUGCGGCACGUUUUCGUAGCAGGACACUUCCAUAUAGGAAAAUUAAUAAUGCUACAGUACGUAGAAGAUCUUGGGCUAGUUACAGCGGGACAGCGGAAACUCAUAAUCCUGUUAUUAAUGAUGGGAC